GUGCUUUGUCUCUCUCAGCUUAUCACCAACUCACUCUGACCUCACCGAGUAUAUCAGUCAUAUAAUCAAGCAUAUACGCAUCGAUAUCAUCGCCUUUGCUAUUGGAGAGUAAUCCCUACGACAGUGCCAUCAGUGAUCUGCUCGACUUUGAAACCCACUACAACGGGGUUGGAUCAACGCAGUCCUGUGCCUUUCGUUGUAGUUGCCCCCCGUCUUGGCCCCCUUUUUUCACCGCAUUCCUUGCGCCAUCCUGCUUUCGACCACUAGCUACACUCCCAACGUCAUUCGAAACAUUGUCAAUAACGACUGCUCCAUCAUACUUCAUACCGCGACAUUGGCCUGAACGUCCAGAUCAACAAAACAGUCCCCCGCCGCCCCAAACCUAGCCUGAGCUUACUGUCACUUCCAGCACGAUGGAUCGACUACGCUCACUACGGGCCAAGAUGCCUUCAUCGCCGUCCAUGGCGACAUUACCGGGUGGCAAGCUGACCAAGGCGUUCAAAUUCAAUAAAGAAGCCAAGGUGUUACCGAAUAGUCAAUCGAGAUGGGGGGCGAACCCUUUCAACGAAGGGCCAAAUCUAGAAGAGCCUUCACUGCCUCGAUUCCACCUCGUCUUACAUUGCGCAGCGAUAUUCUUCACCUUUCUCGCCAUCUGUAUGACUGGGGCAGUGGCAAAUUUCCAAGCGACGUGGUUCGCCGUGUCUGGAGGCACAGCUUUCACCUUGUUUCUCCUUCUAGUCGCCAUUCUACUCAGUGUUGCCCUGUUCAUCGUCCCUACAGUAUAUGAUCGAUGGGACAAGCUCAAAUCCGCCAACGGGUUCUUAUCGGCGCCCAGGACACGGCUCAUCAUACACGCUUUCGGAGCACUGUUGAUGCUCAUAGCUGCAUUCAUCGUCACCGUAUCCGCUUGGACAUCGAAAGGAUGCAAGAAUCCAGAGGAUGACCCUCAUCACGAUCUCGGUGAUGAGUACACCACCAAUCUUGGCCAAUGGUGUCAGACAAAGAAGGCGUCAGGGAUCUUUGAGUGGCUCUCGUUCAUCUCUUGGCUCGUUCUUCUCAUCCUGACCCUGGUUGAAUGGCGUCGCGAACGCCGAGACGAACCCAGGUUUGUCCCGCCUGAGUCCGGUAUCUCAAAUGUCAACGUUCAUGAGCGCCUCGCUCGACGCCGCGAUGACGAAGAAGCGACCAUUGUGGAGGAUCCAUACGCUGAGAAAGAGGUCGAUGAUCCCAAGACAGCCCUGAGAUCAGGAUACGAAUCCUACGGAUACUCCCGGACGGCACCUGAGGAUGAUCUUGAGUCGGAAGCUUUUGGCCGUCCGUCCAUGGAUACGCAUGUUGGCAACUCGACCUUGAACGGGACUACGUUGGGCGGCGGCGGGAGCAUGUCCAGAAUUGGGGAGUCUGGCGAGGCGUCAAGGACGAUGCAGAUAGCAUACCAUGAUCCAUGUGAGUGCAGCAUCGCUGACCUCAAAAGUCAAGCUCAUGCUGCCGGCGUAGACGCACACAUUCGUCAGAGUCUCCUUGGAGGUUCUUCGAACCCUUAUGCUCCAGUGGACGCUCAGCAAACGCCAGUCCAAGCACACACGUAUCAGACGGUGCCCGUUCAGCAGGUUCAGCAGGUCCCACAGAUUCAACAGGUUCAACCUGUGCAGGCUGUCCAACAAGUUCAUCAGACGUACCCUGCGCAACUCUUGUCACCGACACAAUAUGGCCGAGGUGUCUUACCUCAACCUCCGACCUAUCAGACGGGAUACGGAGGUUACCAAUAGACUUGUAGACCUGAGUGCCAUUUAAUAAUGUGUAUCUUGUGUAUUCAGGACAUUGCGAGAGAGAGAGAGACAGAGACCAUGUAUGGACAAUCGCGUCGAGA